GAAUAAAAUUGUUAACAAAAAAUGCAUUGUAACAUAUAGUAUAACUUAAAUAUGUAAUCAUGACUUCAUUGUCGAGCAUAAGUAUGUAUGUAUAAUUGUACAAGAUUCAUGUGUUACGUAUAGACCGUUAUUACGAUGAUUGUGUAAGCGAUAUUUCAAUGCGUCAUAACAAAUAAAUUUGUUCAAAAAACUUAAAAAUAUUUUUAAUAUUUAUCAUAUAUAAUGCGUAGAACAUUACCACUUGACUUUGAACCUUAUUAUUUCCAUUAUAAUCUAUUUAAUAAGUAUUGAAGAUAGUAACCAAUGGCUGCAAUCGUGUUAAGUAAUCGUUUCCCGUUCUUAUUUGUUACAACAUGCAAUGUAUAUAGUUGAGUAUACUCAUAACAACGUAAGGAGAUUAAGUGGCACUUCAAAGAAAUUGAAAAAUGGAAGAGACAUCGGAAAAAAUGUUGACAUACACAUCUGUUUACGACAAAAGGACUGCUGCAAAUAUUAGGAACGAAUUUUCUAGACUUCAAGGACAAUGUUAUUUGGAUCAUGCCGGUGCUACACUUUAUUCUGACAUACAAAUAAAAAAUAUAAGCGAUGAUUUAUGCAACUCCCUUUAUGGUAAUCCACAUUCCGUUGGCCUUGCAGGUGGUAUUACUCAUGAUAAUAUUGAACAAAUAAGACAUAGAAUAUUGAGUCAUUUUCACACAUCGUCAGAAGAAUACAGUAUUAUUUUUACAUCAGGAGCAACGCAAUCUCUAAAAGUGAUCGCUGAAACAUUUCGUUUUUCCAAUAAUAAAAAUAAUGAAUUUCAAUCUACAGGAAAUUUUAUUUACAUGCAAGACAAUCAUACUUCAGUUCUUGGAAUGCGAGAGGUUGUCUCCCAAAAAAACGUUAAAGUAACUUGUCUUAGUCAUAAACAUGCAUUUCAAGUAUUAGAACAAUCAGUAAAUUCUUCGAAUGACAAUGUAGCAAGUGACAAUAAUUCUCUUUUUGUUUAUCCUGCCCAAUGCAAUUUUUCUGGUGCAAAAUAUCCACUCAAGUGGAUUCAAAAUGCACAUAAUAACGUGCUUUCCAGCGUCACUGGUCAAUUAAAUACAAAGUGGUAUGUUCUCUUAGAUGCAGCAGGAUUUGUACCAACAAAUGAUUUGAAUUUAUCCAUAUUUAAACCAGACUUUGUAUGUAUAUCUUUUUAUAAGAUGUUUGGAUAUCCAACUGGUAUUGGUGCUUUAAUAGUGAAGAAUUCUAGUGCACAUGUUCUUGAAAAAGUCUAUUAUGGCGGAGGCACUGUAAAUGUUUCUCUUAGUUCUGAAAUGUUUCAUGUGAAGCGUCAAAACUUAUAUCAAAGGUUUGAAGAUGGAACUAUACCAUUUUUAUCUAUAAUAUCAUUACAAUAUGGAUUAGAUAUAUUUUCAAAAAUUAGUAUAAAGCAAAUAUCGAGUCAUGUAUUUGCACUUGCAAAAUAUUUGCAUCAUACUCUAUUAAGAUUGCAUCAUUGUAAUGGUGCACCUGUUGUAAAAAUUUAUUCAGACAAUGACUAUGAAAAUCCUAAUUUACAAGGAGGAACAGUUACAUUUAAUAUUCUCAGAUCAAAUGGCGAAUAUGUUGGAUAUAUGGAAGUUGCACAUAUGGCUGCGCUUUUUAAAAUACAUCUCAGAACUGGUUGUUUCUGUAAUCCUGGUGCAUGUCAAAGACAUCUAUCCCUUAAAAAUGAGGAAAUCUUACAAAAUUAUGAUGCAGGCUAUGUAUGUGGCGGUACUGCAGAUAUAAUAAAUGGUAAACCAACUGGUGCUGUGCGAAUUUCAUUUGGAUAUAUGUCUGUGAUCGAAGAUGUUGAGACUUUGUUACAAAUGAUAACUAAAUGCUUUCUGAGCAAAUCAGAAGGAAAUUUAUGCGUAUCAGAAGUUCGUAAAUCAAAUCAUAUUGAAACUAAAAAUCAAAAAUAUGUUAUAAAUGAUAAAGAUAAUACAAAAGAGUUUGAGGAUAAGGCAUGGUAUUCACCAUUUUUAUACGGUGCAAAAUAUUUUACAAAUACUAAUAACUCAAGAAGUAAUAUUACUCUAAAACGAUUGUUUAUAUAUCCUAUAAAAUCAUGUGGAGCAUUUGAAAUAACUACUUCUUGGACUUUGAAUGAGAAAGGUUUGGAAUACGAUAGAGAGUGGAUGAUAAUGACAUCAAAUGGAAUUUGUUUGACUCAAAAGCAACAAACCAAUCUCUGUUUAAUUAAACCAUUUAUAUCCAAAGAAACACAAGUUAUGAAAUUAACAUAUCCAGGAAUGCCAUCAAUAGAAGUACUUUUGAAGAAUUCUGAAGAUUAUGUAAAUGGUACAAUAUGCCAAAGUAGAGUUUGUGGACAAAAAGUUCAAGGCAUUGAUUGCGGAGGAGAUGUGUCUGAGUGGUUGAGCUUAGCUAUUGGUCAUCCAAAUUUAAAACUUGUUAGGCAAAUUAAUCACGAAAUCAAAAACAAACCGAAGCAAGGAUUACAAAAUCCUAAACUAUCCUUUUCAAGCCAAGCUCAAUAUUUAUUAUUGAACGAAGAAAGCAUAUCGUGGUUGUGCAAUAGAAUUGUUAAUGCAGAAGAUUUUAACAAAGAUACAGUAUUACAUAGAUUUAGAGGAAACAUUGUAUUAAGUGGCUGCAAAGCUUUUGAAGAGCUUUCAUGGAAAUUAAUACGAAUAGGCAAAACUGAAUUCCAGGUAAAUGGAUCUUGUACAAGAUGUCAAAUGAUAUGCAUUGAUCAAACAACAGGUAUAAAAACAGUAGAACCAUUACGUACAUUAGCAGAGGAAUUUCAUGGAAAAUUAAAAUUUGGUAUAUAUCUUACAAGAUCAGCAACAAAAGAAGGAAUAUUAAAUAUCGGAGAUGUUGUGUACUUCGAUUGACAAUUUUAUAUGAAAUAAUAUAUAUUUUACAAUAUAUAUCAAAAUUGUGUUACUAUACUACAUAUAUAUAUAUAUAU